UUGCCUGAUACGAUUUUAGAAUACAUAUUCGUUAACUUAUCACCAUAUGGCGACCUGCCGAACUGUAGUCGAGUGUGCAAGCGUUGGCUCCAAGUGGCAGCCAAGGCUCGGCGGGCGAUCACCAGAAUCCUGAAGCGAACCUCCCAGUUUGAAUGGAGGGCAAUCAGCUCACCGGAUGGCCGGCGGAGUUGGAUUACGCACCGAUGCUCGCAUUCGGCGUGUUACCAUCCGUCAGGAUAUAUGUACGUGUUUGGCGGUUGUGCGGCCGCUUACACGACCUUUAACGAUUUGUGGAAACUGGACCUGGCCGACGGCACCUGGAGUCGUCUGCUGCCCGGCGGCCGGUACCCGACGCCAAAGGCUUCCGCGACGAUGGUCGAGCACCGCGGCCAGCUUGUACUGUUCGGCGGCUGGUCUAAAUCCUCACCGAAUCCCAUUCAUCAGAUAUCCAUGUUUUACAACGAGCUGCACGUCUUCGAUCCGGUGCUCAACCAGUGGACCGAGCUGUGCGACGACGGCAGUUCCCCACCAGGUUUGGCCGGUCAUUCGGCCAGCGUAGUCGGCGAUCGCAUGAUCGUGUUCGGUGGCUCUAAUGGUUCAGCCAGCACCAACGAGGUACACGUCUUCGACCUGGUAAACCGUACGUGGUACAAGCCACAGGUUUCCAGCCGAAGACCGGCGUCUCGAUACGGUCAGUCACAGGUCAGUGCUAUGACUGGAAAAUGGGUGCAGCGUAAAGUUUGUUGUUUUUGGGCUGGGCUCGAACUCCCUUCCUCUCAGUUAGUGCAACAUAUGGUAAAUUUCGUGCUCACGGGAAUUCGUGUUAAAGAAAAAUACUAGCU